CGGGUUACUACUCCAGCCCUCUCCAAGAAGGCAGACAGCCGCAGAAGCACCCUCAGGUGGGGGAGCCUGCAGCUGCCGGGCAGGGCCUACUCACAACCGCGCCAGGCAGGGCCUACUCACAGCUCCGCCGGACCGGGCUGCCGCCACGACAGCAGUCCUGGCCUCACCGCGCUCUCUACACCCUCGCCCGGUGCCUCUGGCUGAAGAGCAGCAGCAAGAGCAGGAGGAUAGGGGAAAACCUGAUUACCGCUCACCCAAGCACACGAAGAGGACGGACUUGGCCUCCCCCGCCGCCAUCUUCGCUCCGAGCCGGACAGCUGCCCCGGAAAGGGACCUUCGCCGCUGCCGCGCUGCCUGCGCCUCCUUGGCGGCAGGAGGCAGGACGCGCUGUAGCCGUCCGCUGCUUUCGCCUGAUUCGGAGGAGCAGAAAAGCGAACUAUGCCGCGCUGCCGCGCACAGGCGUACGCGGGGCUGGGGCGGGACGGGGCGGGAUGUGCGGAGGUGGCACACGGGCAGGCAGGCAGGCGGUGCACGGUCACCUCGGCCCCACCCGCCUCACCUGCGGCAGGUGCGCGGCCCGGCAGUGUGGCAGCGGCGGCGCGGAGAGGAGAGGCUGGGCGAAGCGGGCUGGCCCUGUCAGGAUGAAUAACCCUAUACCUUCUAACCUGAAGUCAGAAGCUAAAAAGGCAGCUAAAAUAUUGCGAGAAUUUACAGAAAUAACCUCCAGAAAUGGACCUGAUAAAAUCAUACCUCCUCACGUGAUUGCUAAAGCCAAAGGCCUGGCAGUUUUGUCCGUUAUCAAAGCUGGAUUUUUGGUGACUGCUCGAGGGGGAAGUGGAAUUGUGUUAGCUCGUCUUCCUAAUGGAACCUGGUCUGCUCCUUCUGCAAUAGGAAUUGCUGGCCUUGGUGGUGGAUUUGAAAUUGGAAUAGAGGUGUCAGACUUAGUGAUAAUACUCAAUCAUGAAAGAGCAGUAGAAGCUUUUGCCAAAGGAGGGAAUCUCACACUUGGAGGGAAUCUUACUGUGGCAAUUGGACCUUUGGGAAGAAACCUGGAAGGAGAUGUUGCCCUAAGAAGCUCUGCUGCUGUCUAUACAUACUGCAAAUCUCGAGGACUGUUUGCAGGUGUAUCUCUGGAAGGAACCUGUUUGAUUGAAAGGAAGGAAACGAAUCGCAAAUUUUAUGGGCAAGAUAUUCGUGCUAGUGCCAUCUUGCUUGGUGAUGUGCCUUUCCCUGCUCAAGCAGAAGAUCUGUAUGAAACUCUGGCAUCCUUCACCAAAGUAUAUGAAAAUGAAGAGCAAAGAAAUAAUCCAGGAAAAGCUGUAAGCAAUCAGAGAAGGGUAAAUGACCCACCAGCCAGACCACCAUCAAGACCAGAGCCACCUAAACCCACUGUGCGACCAACACCACCAGCAAAAAAAAAUACAAACAAACUUUAUCCUGAGCUUCCAAACGAUUUUGCUUCUGUGGGCUUUCUGUUCCUGGUAAUCCUGUUCUUCACCCAAUUAAAACCACUGGUAGUGAGGAUUGUCCACAGCGCUUCAGUAAUCUCUACAAUCACACUAUUUUGUGUGUCUCCCACAAAAUACUUCUAUUAUAUUUAACCCUUUUUUUACCCAGUGCAAGGAAGAUUCUCUCAAUGCAGGGCUGAAAAAAAAAUUCAGUCAGUAUUUCACAAAACAUAACCGUAAAUAGCUGGCAGAAAGCUUAUGAAAUUAAGUUGGCUUUACUGCCUUUUAUUUUUCUGAGACAGUCGUUUGUUUCCCAGCCUGAGGUAAUAGCUAAGCCUUAAGUCAAGUAGCUCACCUACCAAUAACACAUUAGUGGGACUUCGACAGCACUGGGAUUUGAGAAGCAAAAUGGACAAAGUGUAUCCAGACUGAGAUGUUAACUCGGAACAUGUAAAGGAAUCAUGGAGGAGCUUGUGAACAUCAUGAAUUGCUCCUCAGUGGUCAGUUUGACCUGUAUAAACCAGCACUCAGUUCUCAUUACUGUACUUUUCAGAAUGUGAAAUUUAUGCUUAGCAUUGCAUCUCAAGCUUUUGCAGUACCAUUUCAGCACAGGCGUUAUUUGCAUUGGUGUAGCCUUGAAUGCAAUAAAAGCCUUGACAUUUGUGUGGUUUAUUUGACUAUCUCAGUUUCAAAGAAAAUUUAGAUGUUUUUUGAGAAGGCAGAAACAUCCAAAAAGUAAUCAGCAAAAGUACUGUUACGAAAUUGACUCUUGCAAGCAGGAGGCUGGGGUUUUUUAUAUCCUAGAUAUCAAAUACAUCCACAGAUGCUUGACAAAAAAGGCACUUGUUUAAUGCAAAAGCUGAGCAUGCCAAAACAAAGAUAGAAAGCGUUCCAUCAGCAGAUGAAGAUGAUGAUCCAGCAUGUUCCCUAGUAGUCCAUAAACUCAAAACCAGUGAAAUAUGUUUCAUACUGAAUUUACAUAGUAACUUUAACUUUAAAUGUAGUCAGAUUUGUUUCCACCACCAAUGAAACCACCAGUUUUGUUUGCUAGGCUGUUCAGUAGUGACAUAAUCACAGUCACAGGAAGCU